AUGGGGCGUUCUAAAACUUCAAAAGUUGCAAUCUUGCUGGGGUUUUUGCUGCUAAUUUUAUCAGAUUUUGUGUGGGGGCGAUUUGUGGUGGAGAAGAACAGCUUGAAGGUAAUAUCUCCAGAGAGCAUCAAAGGGACCCACGAUAGUGCCAUUGGCAACUUUGGUAUUCCACAGUAUGGGGGAAGCAUGUCUGGGACUGUGGUUUAUCCAAAGGAUAAUGAGAAAGGGUGCAAAAGCUUUGAUGGUACUGGGACUUCUUUCAAGGCUAAACCUGGAGCUAUGCCUAAUUUUGUUCUUGUUGAUCGUGGAGAUUGCUUUUUCGCGCUUAAAGUAUGGAACGCCCAAAAUGCGGGUGCUGCAGCCGUUUUAGUGGCCGAUAAUCGAGACGAAAAUUUGAUCACAAUGGACUCGCCCGAAGAGAGCGGCUCGUCCGCCGAAUACAUCGCCAAUAUCACAAUCCCUUCUGCUCUCAUUGACAAAAGUUUCGGAGAGAAACUGAAGACAGCGGUCAACGGAGGCGAAAUGGUCAACAUAAACCUCGACUGGCGUGAAGCCGUCCCUCACCCGGACGAUAGGGUCGAAUAUGAGCUCUGGACCAACAGCAAUGACGAGUGUGGCGUCAAAUGCGAUAUGCUGAUGAAGUUUUUAAAAGAUUUUAAAGGCCCGGCACAGAUUCUCGAGAAGGGUGGGUACACUCAGUUCACGCCUCACUACAUCACUUGGUACUGCCCGCAGGCUUUCACGAUGAGCAAGCAGUGUAAAUCUCAGUGCCUUAACCAUGGUAGGUACUGUGCGCCCGAUCCUGAGGAGGAUUUUAGCUCGGGUUAUGAUGGGAAGGAUGUGGUGCUUGAGAAUCUGAGGCAGCUUUGUGUUUUUCGGGAGGCUAAGGAAGAAAAGAAGCCAUGGGUUUGGUGGGAUUACGUUACAGAUUUUCAGAUUAGGUGCCCAAUGAAGGAGAAGAAAUACAAUGCAGAGUGUGCCGAGGGUGUUAUUAAAUCUUUGGGGCUGGACCUAAGGAAAAUUGAGAGAUGCAUGGGGGAUCCCAAUGCUGAUGUGGAUAAUCCCGUAUUGAAGGAGGAGCAAGAGGCUCAGAUCGGGAAAGGGACGCGUGGAGAUGUAACUAUUUUACCGACACUUGUCGUGAAUAAUCAUCAAUAUCGAGGGAAAUUGGAAAAAGCUGCCGUUUUAAAAGCUAUAUGUGCCGGUUUUGAAGAAACUACCGAUCCAGCAGUUUGUUUAGGUGAUGAUGUUGAGACGAACGAGUGCUUGAACAAUAAUGGUGGCUGCUGGGAAGACAAAAUAGCUAAUAUCACGGCUUGCAAGGAUACCUUUCGAGGAAGAGUUUGUGAAUGCCCUGUAGUCAAUGGCGUGCACUUUAAAGGAGAUGGCUACAGUUCUUGUGUUGCAAGUGGGCCCGGGAGGUGCAAAAUAAGCAAUGGAGGCUGUUGGCACGAGAAGAAAAACGGGAUAACUUACACAGCUUGUGCGGAUAGUGAGGAGGGAAAAUGCGAAUGUCCUCCAGGAUUGAAAGGCGAUGGUGUUAAAAGCUGUGAAGCUUACACCGUAGCAACCGUUUCUGUCCGUGUAUUUGCUGCUUCAUUCAUUGCACGGGCGAAAGGACUGCUCACCGCCCUUGCAAGCAUAUGGUUGACCUCUUCAACCGCCCUAUUUUGUGAUUCAUUCAUCUCUGUCAGCCUGGAACGAUGA